GCUGGUGGUGGGGGACCGCGGAGGGGUAGUUGUGGUUCCUUAUCUGCAGACCACAGGCAGCUUUGAGCCUCUUAUCAGCUGCCACCACAUUGUACUAGCACAUCCUCUUGUCCAGCAGGGAGCGGAAAACUCUCCUUGCAACACGGUUCCCUUUCUCUCCCACCUCUCUUCACUCUCCCACCUCUCCUUCACCAGAACCAGAACUCUGGCAACCAACUAAAUCAUUGUGUCUUUUUGGCGAAGAAGUGGGAUAGGGAUAGACGGAUUGGCAAAAGACACAGAUUUGAAGGGGAUUCACGUGUGUCUAAAGGCAUUUUUGAGUAAUGUCAGACAGUUUGGCUCCAGUUGUGACCUCAGAUACCGACAGGCGGACGCUGACGGGCUUGCAUGGAGUGCGGCUGAGCAGAGGGAGGAGGGAGACGGCGUUUAAGUGCUGCACACAUACAGCAUGCGCCUUCUCAGAUCAUUUCGACUCUGAUGGAUUUUGCAAGACAGACAGACAAGGAGCCACACAUUAUGUGUCACAGAUUCUUUGAUAUCUGUCCAAACUUAAAGGAUCUCGGCCCUUUCAAAUCCUUUCAGGGAUUUUGAGUCACAUCCUCAGAGUAUACACACACACACACACACACACACACACUAGAGAUAGUCACUGGAGGCUUGUUUAGAAUAUACACUUUGCCACUCAGGAUGUAUUGUAAGAAAGUUACUGACAUCUACAUUAAAUUAGAACACAGGACCAACCUCUGCUGUACACCGUAGCUGGGUCCAGGGGUAAAGAAGUGACCCUUCAUUCAGGACUUUGAGAAGUGCAAUGCUUUAGUUACCACACACUGACCAGAAAGUCAUCAGAAAAAAAAGUCAGAGUGGUUCAGAUCGAAGCUUUCAGGGAGCUGUAUGUCAUCUGAAGCUACAACAUCUAAGGCACAAGAGACCUUCAUGCUGACCCUGCAAACACUAAUAGGAUCAGAUGGGUUUUUGAUUAAUUAGAGGAAACUCUACCUUGAAGAAGAAGACCUGAUCAAAGUCAAAGGAGUUAGGGCCAGACGUCAUCUUUACAUACUUUUAUUGAUGAACAUGACACCAUUAGUUUAUCUCACGGUUGAUGAAGAGGAGCAUCUUCUGAAAGAAGCACAAGGUUGGUAGUGACUAUAUUUUCCAAAGAUCUCACCACCAUGAUGGAAAAACUGAAACAUUCUGCUCCACCCGCCUCGCUUCCUGACCUACCUUGUACCACCUCCUCUUCCUCUCCAUCAUCUUCAUCCUCUUCACCCUCCUGUGCAUCUGUGGAGCCACACAGUCCUUCAGCAUCCUUGGAUCACAUUGGAAGCCCACCCCCCAUAAAUAAUACUGGGCUAACGGAACAUAUGAAUGUCUCUACUGCAGCCAUGACUCGGUGUCCCAUCAUCCUGACAACAGUGUUGAGCAGUCACCAAGCAGGUGCAUCUGAUACACCUGAGUCAAUCGUUAGGGAGACGGAGCAAGAUGACGAGGUGGGAAAACUGGAGGGAUCAAAAAGCUCUGCCUCUAAUGCAGCUGAAUCAACAGAGAGGUCCCCAACCCUUUCUUCUCCACCUCCACUGCUUCCAGCUCCAGCCAAGACUUCUCCUUGCCCUCUGCCCCCUACGACUUCCACUGCUGUCCUCUCAUCAUCCUCACUCUCUUCUCUUCCUCCACACAUUCCAGUCAUCAGCCUCGGUCACAGCAAGCCCCGUUUACCUCUCCUCAAUACCCAUUUGACUGCCCUCCACCCAAUUCCCAGCCUCAUACAUGGACCAAACGGGGACAUUUGGCGGAGCCAGCAGAACUGUUUAACCAUGGUCAGUCCUGGAGCUUCGGGAUUAUCUGGAGAUCCUGGAGGCCCCUCCACUGGUCCUCCUGGGCCCCUCUUGGCUCAGCAAUACCUGCCUGCACACCCGUUCCUCACCAGUUCCUAUUUGGGACCCUCAGGAGGAAGCUAUGGUGUCAACAACAACAUCCGCAUAAAGAGGAGGCCCUCAUCUCAUUUUGAGAUGGAGAUCAACGAAUGCCCUCCUCAGAAACUUGCCCGGCGGGUGUUUACCAACAGUCGUGAGCGCUGGCGGCAGCAGAACGUGAAUGGGGCUUUCUCUGAGCUCCGAAAACUCAUUCCUACGCACCCGCCAGACAAGAAGCUUAGCAAGAAUGAAAUCCUGCGUUUGGCUGUGAAAUACAUCAACUUUCUGGUCACACUGCUCAAUGACCAGGCCCAGGACAAGAGCCAGAACUCAGCCGAGGACAAAUCGGAGGAUGAUAGCAGUGCUGCUGGGUUGGACAGUGACAGUCAGAGGACUCUGUUUCAGAGGGACCCACCGCCUGCAACAACCCGUCCUGCUGCUUUGGCAUCAGCCCACAGAGAUUCAACUGACUCAGUCAUCGCAUUGGCAAACUCUCCAGCAACAUCUAGCUGUUAUGGAGACACAGACAGCGAGGAGAGCUUUGGGGCUAAGACCUCUUUGGCGACACAUGGUAUUCUGGGAAAGGUUAAAGAUCAGAUAAGGAUGGUUGCUGCCACAAAUGAUGAGAGGUGACUCUAAAAGACAGCAAACAAAGACCUUUACAGGCACUGGAAGGAAAGUAUAACAUCUGACAAACCAAAAGCAGCCAAAAAUGUGUUUUUUCCUUCAUUCAACUAGUGUUUGAAAAUCCACUUCUAAGUCUGAAUAAAAAGUGCAUCUUGUUGGUAUUUCAUACUUUUAACAGCCUGUGUUUCUAUAGCAGUGUCCAAACAUAUAAUUAUAGUGAUAGUGAGGUUGUGGGAAUUCAUUAAACUGUUGCUUUGUGGGAGAUUGAGGCAUGAAGCAGAAUAAUCAAACAACCACAAACCAUUCAUCUGAACCAAGCUAAAGUUCACUGCAAAGUAUACAAAACCCACUUUCAAAGUUUGUCACGUUAAAAACCACAAACAUCAAUGUGUUUUAUGGGGCUUCGUAAUGUAUAAGCAAAAUUUAGAAUACAUGGUUUUCAAACUUUUUUGUUAAUAAAAAACUGAAAAGUGUGGCAUAAAAUUUGUAUUCAGCCCCCUUUCCUCUGAUAUCCUUAAAUAAAAUCCAGUGCAAUCACUUGCCCUCAGAAGUCACCUUUUUAUUAAAUAGUGUCCACCUGUGUGUAAUCUCCGUAUAAAUGUGGCUGAUCUGUGAAAGUCUCAGAGGUUUGAUAGAGAACAUUAGUGAGCAAAUAGCAUCAUGAAGACCAGGGACCACUGCAGACAGUUAAGAUAGAAAGGUGUGGAGAACUAAAACUGCACAUCACCCUGAACACAUCAUCAUAAAACAUGGUGGUGUCAACAUCAUUCUGUGGGGAUGCUUUUCUCCAGCAACGACCUGUGCUGGAUUGGCCAUUCAAAGUCCAGACCUAAAUCUAAUUUAAAGUCUGUGACAGGACUUGAUAAUUGAUGCUCACAGAUGCUCUCUGUCCAUUUUGGCUGAGCUUGAGCUAUUUUAAAAGGAAGAAAUGGGCUAAAAAAAAAAGUAAUUGCAGCAAAAGGUGUUUCAAGAAAGUAAUUAUCCUGUGGGAUGAAUACAAAUGCAUGCUGGAUAUUUCAGAAUGUUUUAUUUGUAAAGUAUUUUAAAAACCAACGUAUUAUUGUUCUUCCACUUAACACAAAUGGCCUACUUUGUAUUAUUCUAUUACUAUAUUCUAUUAUAACACAUGGAUGUUUGAGGUUUUGAAAAUGUGAAAAGGUUGAAGUUUUAUGAAUAAUUUUACAAGGUACUGCCACCUUCAGAUAAGGCAACAGCCAUUCUGGGUUCACACAGGUUCCAGUAACGUCUUGCCUCUGCUCAAGAUUAAUUUAUAUUGAAAAGUUCAGGCAAAAAUGGCUCUACAUUUUUCAACCCACAAAAAUGUCUUGCAUUAAUUGUAUUUUGCUCCAGUCUGCAUCUCAGAAGUUUACAUGUACAGUUGUGAUCUUCACUGCACCAGCAGAAAAGCUCAUGGUAUUUGCUGUAUUUAACAUUCCUCCUGUUCUUGUUGGAAAGCAGCGGGAUCGAUGGUUUCACCAUGAAGUUGUGACACACUUCCACCAGACAAUAAUAAAGUGUGUUUUAGUUUGCUGUUCCUUA